UGACCCUAGACAUCAACCUGGGGGACGGGGCGACGGUGGUGACGUCGGAGCUCGACAUGGAGCGAAACGCCGACUCCCCCGGGUCGGAUCUGUUCCUCGACGGCGAGGAGCUCAAGCUCUUCCGGGUUUACGUCCGCAACGACAACGGGGAGGUCACCCAGCUGCAGGAGGGAGACGACUAUUCUCUCAACGAUGACGGCAUGCUCAUCAAGAACUCUUCUCUCCCCUCCGGCAACAAGUACACCGUAGGGACGGUGGUUCAGAUCGCGCCCAAGGAAAACACGCGUCUUUCGGGUCUCUACACCUCGGGAGGCAACUUCUGUACGCAGUGCGAGGCGGAGGGGUUCCGCCGAAUCACCUUCGCCCAGGACCGCCCUGACGUGCGACUCAACGCUUGGCCGUCUGGCGAUUUCCCGGUGAUGCUGUCGAACGGUAACAACCCCGUGCCACCGACGUUGAUACCGAGCCCUCCGGGAGGAGAAAAAGUCGACAAGUCCUACGCGAUCUGGGAGGACCCCAUCCCGAAGCCAUCGUACCUCUUCGCUCUCGUGGCCGGAGACCUUGGCUCGAUCAAGUCGACCUUCGUCACCAAGUCCGGUCGCAAGGUGAAGCUGGAGAUCUUCUCCGAGAAGGAGAACGUCGAUCAGCUCGACUGGGCGAUGGAGUCCCUUAAGGCGGCGAUGAAGUGGGACGAGGAAAAGUUCGGGCUGGAAUACGACCUUGACAUCUUCAACGUGGUGGCCGUGAACGACUUCAACAUGGGUGCGAUGGAAAACAAGGGGCUCAACGUCUUCAACACGGCCUACGUCCUCGCCAAGCCUGAGACGGCGACCGACCUGGACUACGAACGCAUCGAGGGCGUGAUCGGACACGAGUACUUCCACAACUGGACGGGCAACCGCGUCACGUGCCGGGACUGGUUCCAGUUGACUCUGAAGGAAGGACUGACCGUGUUCCGAGACCAGCUCUUCUCUGGAGACAUGGGAUCGCACGCCGCCAAGCGUAUCGAGGACGUGCGGACGCUCAGAUCUCGGCAGUUCCCCGAGGACGCAGGUCCUCUGUCGCACCCAAUCCGGCCGGAGUCGUACAUCGCCAUGGACAACUUCUACACGGCCACCGUUUACGUCAAGGGCGCCGAGGUGAUCCGCAUGUACCGCACCCUCGUGGGCGAGGCCGGCUUCCGCAAGGGCAUGGACCUGUACUUCAAGAGGCACGACGGGCAGGCCGUGAGCUGCGACGACUUUCGCGCCGCUAUGGCCGACGCUAACGACAUCAACCUCGACCAGUUCGAGCGCUGGUACUUGCAGGCCGGUACGCCCGAGGUGUCCGCCGCCGGAGAGUACGACGCGGAGGCGAAGACGUACAAGCUGACCCUCAAGCAAUCCAGCAAGAAGGAGGACACGCUGCCUUUCCACAUCCCCGUCGUCACCGGCCUCCUUCUCAAGGAAGACGGCUCUGAGGCUGUUGCGUCUAGGGUGCUGGAGCUGAAGGAGGAGGAGCAGACCUUCACCUUCGAGGAUGUUCCCUCUGAGCCCAUACCGUCGCUGCUCAGGGACCUGUCCGCGCCCGUGAAGCUGCGGUACAAGUACUCUGACGAGGACCUCGCGUUCCUCAUGAAGCACGACACUGACUCGUUCAACCGCUGGGAGGCCGGCCAGCAGCUGAGCACCCGCGUUAUCCUUGGCAUGGUUGAAGAGAUCAAGGCCGGUGGAGAACCGGGCGCCCUGCCGGCGAGCUUGGUCGACUCUUUCCGGGCCACGCUUUUAGAGAAGGAUAUCCCGGACAAGUCCCUCCAGGCAUACGCCCUGCGGCUGCCUGACCCGGCCACGCUGGCGGAGGAGAUGGACGUCAUCGACCCGGACGCGCUGUACAAGGCUCUCAAGCACGUGCGAAGGUCAUUGGCAGAUGCCCUGGCGUCGGAGCUCCGAUCAGUGUACGACAGCGCGGCGCCGAGCGGGCCGUAUAAGAAGAAUUCGGCGGAGGUCGGCCGUCGCCGCCUCCGCAACACCAUCCUGUCCUACUUGCACGAGCCCAGAGACGCCGCGGCCGCCAAGCUCUGCUUCGACCAGUUCGAGGCCGCCGACUGCAUGACCGACAAGCUGGCGGCGGUGGCGUGCCUGGCUAACUUCGACGAUGCGGGUGGAGCGUUCCCGGAGAGGGCGGAAGCGUUGUCGAAGUUCUACAAUGACGCGGACGGUGACGCCCUGGUGCUCAACAAGUGGUUCGGCAUUCAGGCCGCGGCUGAUCUCCCGGACCUCCUCUCCCGCGUGAAGGACCUGAUGCAGCACGAGGACUUCACGCUUAAGAACCCCAACCGCCUCCGGUCGGUUGUAUCAUCCUUCGCGGGCAGCCAGCACAAGUUCCAUGCCAAGGACGGGUCCGGAUACGAGUUCUUGGGGGACAUGGUGCUUGAGGUGGACCAGCUCAACCCGCAGGCGAGUGGCCUCUCGUCUGGCGACCGUGUUCAGCUCCUACAGGCGCUUCGACGAGAAGCGACAGGGCUUGAUGCGGCAGCAGUUGGCCCGCAUCCGCGACUCGUCGCCGUCUAAGGACACGUACGAGGUGGCCACGCGGUGCCUCGGUUGAUUGUUUGAGGCACAUGUGGCAUCAGCUGCGAGAUAGCUACUGCAUGCAUUUGGGGGGCGGUUGCUUUGACGGCAGCGGUGGGGCGUACUCCUAUGUUUUGCAUGCCUUAG